AUGGCUUAUAACGGAGGGUACCCAGCCCCGCGUCCCUUCAACGGCCCAGGAGCACCACGGCCGCCACCCCAGCGCCAGUACACUCCUGCGCCGGGGCCACAACAGUACGACCAACAGUACGACCAGUACCAGGAUGAGUACGGUCAGGGAUACGACGAGUACUAUGAUCAGGGCUAUGGACAACAAUACGACGACAGGAACUUUGCCCCGCGAGGCCCGCCCCCGCGGGAUCCCUACGGACCAGGCCCUGGCGGUCCGUCGAGAGGACCGCCUAUGAAUGGAGGCCGCGGCGGUCCCAUGAUGAGACCUCCACCCGGCCGAGGAUACCCUCCCAACGGUGCGCCCGGUCGAGGACGGCCUCCCCAUGUUGGAGCUCCUAAUUCGGAUCCUACGAGCCAGAAUCGUAAGACAAACCUGGACAAGGAACAACAAAUUCUCAGCCAAAUGGGCGCUCUGGAUAUUGACAACAAGAAAAAAGUCCCGAAAGGCAGGGCCCCAACCCGAGGUGCCUCCAUUGACGACUACGGUCCUCGACCGUCCAUGGACUCCCAGCGAGGGCCCCCUCCACCGCGCAACUACCCGCCGCAGGGCUUUCCAGAGCAACGUCGAGGACCACCGCCCGGUCGAGGAGGUUAUGGCGACUACCCCGAGCCAGGCUUCGGGCCACCCUCGAGGACGAUGACGAUGCCAUCGAAUAUAGGAGGCAUGCAGGAGAUGGCACCACCGCCGCAUCGGUCAGACUCGGCGCCCUACGGUCCAUCUGGCCGGGGGAUGCCCGGGCCGCGACCCUCAACCGCGCAGGGACAUCGCCCACCACCCCAGCGGAUGCCCCCGCCAAAUCAACCAGGAGCAGGCUAUGGUGGCCAGGGCUAUGAUUAUGGUCCGGAUCAAGGAUACGGAUACGACGAUUACUACAACGAGUACUAUGACGACCAAGGAGCGAAUGGCUAUCAGCAACAGCCGCCUGAACCCGACAUGCCCAACUUUGAUGCAGCUCCUCGGGGCCGCAACUCUUUGGAUCUGUCCAUGCAGUCCGGCGCCCCAGAGCCCCAAAGAGGGCCCGGCCGGAUGCCUGGGCUCAACACUGCGAAAUCCCAGCCUGAUCUGCGCCAGCCACAGCAGGCAGUAUUCGAGAUGGCGCCCGACGUGCCUCCAAUGCCUCCAAAUGGAGGUCAAGGUGGCUACGGUGCAAGGGCGAACGGCCCAAGUCCUCCUCAGGGUGGAUUCGGACUUCCCAGCAAUCCUAUGCCGAUCCGCCCAGGCCACCAACAGACACCGCCAAAUGCCAACCCAGACGCCUUGCCGAGUCACCCGCAACCGGUGAGGGCAGGUCAUAUGCAGGGUUCUCUGGUCAACAACAAGCCACUACCGGUCCGCAACUACGGCGGCACUCCCACUCCGGUGCCUGCCCCUGCCCCCGCCCCUACCGCAAUGCAGGGCGGUGGCGCACCCCGCCCUGCACCACAGGCAGAGGCCCCCGUGACGACCGAAGAGCUGGAGCGUCUAAGGAACACCGUCAAAGUGAACCCACAAGACCAAGCGACAGCACUGCGUCUGGCUAAGAGACUGAUCCAAGCUGCCGAUGUUCUUGUGCCCAACGUGGCGGAUCCCAAGUCGCGCCAACGAGCCCGCGAACGUUACGUUCUGGAUGCGCAGAAGAUCUUGAAGAAGUUGUCGAAUGCUGGCAACUCCGAUGCCAUGUUCACACUGGCCGAUGGACUCGGAAAGGGGCUAUUUGGCUCGGAGCCUGACAACAAGGAGGCCUUUACGAUGUACCAGUCUGCAGCAAAACUCGGCCAUGCGGCAGCCGCCUACCGCACGGCCGUGUGCUGUGAAAUUGGCAACGAAGAGGGCGGUGGUACACGUAAAGACCCGCUAAAGGCUAUCCAGUGGUAUAAACGUGCCGCCAUGCUCGGCGACACCCCAGCAAUGUACAAGGUGGGCAUGAUACUGCUCAAGGGGCUGUUGGGACAGCAGAGGAAUCCUCGUGAGUCCAUUGGCUGGUUGAAGCGGGCAGCAGAAAGCGCGGACAGCGAAAAUCCACACGCGCUGCACGAGCUUGGGUUGUUGUACGAGUCUGCUGGACCGAACGACGUCAUCCUGCGUGACGAGCCGUACGCUUUCAGGCUGUUUAAGCAGGCUGCGGAUCUGGGAUACAAGUUCAGUCAGUACCGUCUGGGAUGCGCGUAUGAGUACGGGCUUCUGGGCUGUCCCAUCGAUCCGAGGCUGUCGAUCAUGUGGUAUUCCAAAGCGGCGGAACAGGGCGAGCACCAGUCUGAGCUUGCGCUUUCUGGUUGGUACCUGACGGGCAGCGACAACGUGCUCGGCCAGAAUGAUACCGAGGCGUACCUGUGGGCGCGCAAAGCCGCCAUGGCUGGUCUUGCCAAGGCGGAAUAUGCCAUGGGAUACUUCACUGAGAUGGGCAUCGGCGUUCCUGCAAACAUGGAGGAUGCGAAGCGAUGGUACUGGAGAGCAGCCGCCCAGGAUUUCCCGAAGGCCCGUGAGCGCCUCGAAGAGCUGAAGCGGUCAGGUAAGAACGGCCCGCGCCAACGAGAACGCAUCACACGUAGCAAGAUCGGCCAGCAGAACGAGGGCGAGUGCAGCGUGAUGUAG